AUGGAGGGCUCAGAAGACGGGCUGGUGCUGACGCCGAUCUUGGCCACGUCCAAAAUUCCAAUACUGGCCUUGAUCAUUGGGUACUGCUACAAGGAUUUACCGCCAUCUACAAUCCCCCCAAUACUCUCUACUCUGGUCCAGCUUAUAGAGCACAAUGACCCGAGAGAAACUCAAACAGAGUUGAUCAGCCUGUAUUUUCCCUCGCUCAAGGAGAUUCUCAAGCUGAUAGAGAAUUCAGUCACGUCUUUUGCAAGUGAGAUGAAUACACAGAACCCCGCGGAGGUGGCUAACGAUAUCAAAGCUGUUCAGAAAUACCUACUAAAUUCGCUGUGGAGUAUCAAUUCUUUGGACAUGUUUCACGAUUUCGUUUCGGGUGUUAACAGGCUGCUCGUAGACUACCAGCAUACCCCCAAAAAUAACAAUGUCCACAAACGAACACAACCAGGUAAGCUGCUGACGUCUUCUAGUUUUCUAGGCAGGUUUGUCUACAACAUAGCUAUCGCAUUUGAAGUCCUGGUGUUUGAUGACACUGUCGAGCUUUGGAACACGUUCCUCAAAUACAGGGAGGAAACGAAGGAGCUUUGGUUGAAUCUCAAUGACCACAAGGUCAGAAAAAGCCAUUUCGACGAGCCCCAAACACCGUGGCAGAAACGGGUGCUGAAAAACAGCGGGUUACUCGACGCUCGUGUGGACGGCUCCCGGCAACAGGUCAUCUCGCAAAUUGACCUUGCACAGAUGCUCGAACAGCAGGUUCAGAUAAUGCAGAAGUAUUCUCCUCCUCCUCCCCAGUCAACGAAGAAUAUCUUGAAACUUCUUUCCGAAUCUCAACGUGGAAUCAUCCCUUCCGCAUACUACAUCGACUAUUUAGAGAGCUGGAAACAAAGCGACUAUGAAGGCUCUUUCAAUGCGCUACACCGAUAUUUCGACUACAUGAUGUCCAACAAACAGCAGCUGUUUUACCACUACGCGCUGCUUUCUCUCGCUACUUUACACGCUUCUUUCAAUUCCGACGAGGAGGCCCUGAGAGCCAUUGACGAAGCCAUUCUUGUGGCCAGAGAAAACAAAGAUCUUGAUUGUCUUAACUAUCUGCUUACUUGGCUCUUCAACUUCCUGAAAGAUAGACCGCAUCUGUAUUCCAAGAUGGGAAAUCACACUAGUCGGGACCAGAUUCUGCAAUUUCUGAAGAUCAAGACCAAAGAAAAUAGAAACUGGGUGCUUCAAUCCAUGACCUUCCAAUAUCAUGCUUUGCAUUUCAUUCUCGAUGGUGGUCCGUUGCGCAAAAUUCUCGAAAACAUCACCCGUGCGUCCUACGUCCUUCUUAAUUUCGAUAUUGGAGCCAGCAUUAGGUCGACAUUUGUUCGCAACUGCCAGCUUAGUGCAUCUGUUUGGAGCAGGGUUGGGGUCCCUGCGUUGGCCCGGCUCUAUGCUGAUGUUGCUCUGGACGCCUGUGGGCCCAACUUGAGCGUUUUUGAUGAGUUGUCGAUCGGCAUGCGCCGGGCAGUUCUCGCCUAUGAAAACGGAGAUGUGGAUAAAGCUAUUGCUGAAAUCCAAUCGUACGAGGCGAUCGCUGUGAAUGACAUCUCGUUGAUGAAGAUAUGGCAACCAAGAUUCAUGCUGCUGCAAAGCGAUCUGUGGCUAAAAAAGUGUCGCUAUAGACCGGUGUCCAUUCUGCUGGCCCGACUUCAAAGCCAGGCUGACGAGAUUAAUGAUCAAGACCUUUAUUAUGAGUUACAACUACGCAAGGCGCAGUAUGAACUAAAAGUCGGCAACCAGGGCGAAGCCGUCAAAGUUGUGACAAACACGCUCUCAAGAAUAGGAGCUGAUGACCAUUCGUACAAUCAUUACUGGUACAUUGAGCUUCAGAUCUUCUAUGCGAUGAUCAUGACCCAAUCUUCAUCAAGUCCUGAGAGAGCCAUGACUAUCAUCAUUGAUGCGUUGGCCUCCGCUCGCAAAUCAUCCUUGAUCGCGUUGGUGGUGAAAGGGUUCAUUGUUCUGUGUGAAAUGAUACUGAAAAUCGAUCCUGUUAACUCUGCAAAGGAUGCAGAGGCCAUUCUUGAGAAACUGAUGCCGUUGUCGCUACAAGUAGGAAACUUGUGGCUCUCCUCUUACGGAUACUACUUGCUUGCCCGAGUGCUCAUGACUGAAACUGAAACUCAGGAGAUUACUGACGCGCAUCAGCUAAAAGACGGGUGCAACAAAAUUCUGGACUAUCUAGAAACAUCGAUUACCGGAUUCAAGCGUAUGCACGAUCUAGAAAUGAUGCACAAAGCAUUCAUGGUGGAGAAAAAGCUCGCGGAGUUCAGCCAAUUUCCCGACCUGUUGAACCAUGCCAACAGCUCUCUAAGUCAGUUGGAGACACGAAUACAGGAAGAAAACAAAUAUUCAAUGUACUGAUCACCAGCUGAGGUACUCGGCGUAAGCUGCCAUCGUUUUCUCUGUUUGAGUGAUCGCUUUGAUUCGAUCAUAGAAAACAGAGCAAUCCUCGUUGGUACAUGCCAGCGCAGUGGAAAGCGGCGAGUUGUUAUUUCGCAGACUUCGUUUUGUACAUUGCUUGCAUAUUAGCAUUGUGGCAUCCAUUUGGGAUUCCUUCGCGCGCACGCACGAGCGCAUGUGAGCGAUUGUUUGCAGCUCAUUGGUGCUGCACUCGGGACAUAGUUUCCCUGUUCUCUCCAGGGUUCUUUGAAUAACGGUAUUGCAACUAAUACACUUGGCGCUGUUAAUCAGAGGUGUUUUGAAAUUCAGUUGAUCCAAGCUCGGCGCAAUCAAGUUCCGCGGGAGCUCGUCAAACCACUUAUUAACGUCGACACCGCAGAGAUUAAAGAUCCGUUGGAGCGGGGGUAUAAGCACUUUGGUAAUAUAAUAGAAUGCAUCCAAUUCAAGAUUCCCGUUAGCUAAGAAAUCUCUUGGAGCCAUGCAUCGGUCACGAAGCAGCUGGUCUUUAUAUCCCUUGGCAACCAUGUAAAAUACUCUUUCCCUAUAUUGUGGCUCAGAUCGAUGGUCUUGGGCAACUUUUUUCAUGGUGAUGCGAGCACCUGGAGGGAUAGAAGUUGGGUUUUUGUACGAUCCCAAUCUGAUCUCUUUUGCAAACAGGAAAUCCUGCAAAUUGGCCUUGUUCUGCAUAAUUUUGAGGAACUGCAAGUUCACGUAUUGCUUGACUUUGGUGAGAUCUUUGGUUUCGAACAGCAGUCGAAGCGACUUCUCCACCAUUUUUUGCUGUGCCGGCACUCCGUCUCGUCGAACGGUCUCUAUACCCUUGGCAUCGAACUUGGGCGUUUCUUGGUCUUCGUGCUCGUAAGAGUAUCCUGCGUACCGUUUCUUGCUGAUCAGAACGCAAGGAAAGUAUACUUUUUCGAAUUUCAAACGAACAGGCGACGGGUUUAGGGAGGUGAUGUGGUUGGAUAUUUCUCGGCCUAGCUUGAAUGCAUCCGCCUUGCUCUUUCCCGGGAGAUACACAAACAACGAGUCUGUGUCUCCAUAUACCACUUUGGCGCCCCAUUCUUCGUUUUUGUCGAUCUCACUUAUUGCACUGUGCAGUGUUUGGCGCGCAGCAGAGACUAUGGCAUCUGCUAUGGCCGAGUUGGGCAUUCUGCCCGAGUACGUCGCGGAUGCAUACCCGUAGGUCACAUUGGCAAUCAGCUUCAACGCCAGCUGUCUAUUAUUGUACAGCUUGUAGAGCUCUGAAUCGUCUUUGAGGCCGUUCAUGGUAUCUUUCACCAAAAUGCGGGCAUCCAGGAUCUCGCUUAGCAUUUUGGCCAGUAAGGAUUUUCUGACGUUUGGCUUUAAAAACAUAAGUCCGUUGGGUGUCACAGUGAUGUGUUUUUCAAACAACUUCAAGAGUCCAGGCGGCAGUUUCCAGGACGUAAUUCCUAUCGUUUGUGUCUUCUUAGGGUCAUAGCCCUGGAGUCUGCCAAGUAACGUAGAAUAACAUAAAUUAUGGGCAAUCACCAAAGACGGGUAAAGCGACUGGAAAUCCAGCACAAGCAGCGGACUCUUGUAAAACGAGCUUUCGGGCUCCAAAAUCAGCGGGAUCACUUGGAGUGGAUCCUGUUUGAAAACCUGUUUUUUCGAGGGAGAAAUGAGAAUGAAAUUCUCUGCCUUUGCCAGUCGCACCAGAAGACUUUCCACUUUGAACUGCGACCCGCGAUAAAACACGGAGUAGUAGUCAAUCCCCAAAAACCGCGACUCCUCCACCAUUCUCUCAAUGAUUUCCAUCUUAUUGAUCAGUUUCAUCUGCCAGUGCAGCCUGGACAUGUAGUAUUCCACAAGAUUGUUGAGGUUUCCUGGAUUGUUGGAAAGAAACCAUUGUGUUAGAGUUUUGUGCUCAUAGUGAGGAAUCUUGAUAUGCAAAGUGUGCCAAACCACGUUCUCGAGCGAGUAUCUGUUGAUGCUCAGCUCUUUGCGCAAUGGUCGCCACAGGUUCAGCAUGUGUCUGCCUGUUAUUUUUAUGCCCGAGGCAUGCGUGAAGCCCCAUCGGUCGUUCAUCUUGUUCAGCUGCUUGGCGGCCACCCUUGACAACCGCACUGCCAGGUCCAUCUUAUGCACUUGUCGAAACCUUUCCAGCAAAUAUCCCCAGGAAGCAGAGUGAAUUUCGUAUCCUGAGAGAAUGUCUGGAUCCACCAAUUCAACCAGGGAAACGAGCUCUCUUACCAUGUCAACCUCGCUGCUGAAAGUUUGCACGGGAAAGUUAAUAUGUUUGCGAGUAACUUCGUGAGAGUGUACUACAAACACCCCGGACCCCUCGAUCCCAAGGUCGAUCGGAUAAUUUUGAUCGUCAAAAGACCAGAAUAUCAUCCUGAUCUCGUCCUCAAGCGGAUCCGGAAACAGGUCUCCGCGAGUGUUAACAUGCAGCUCCAUGUUCAGCACAAUCAGCUUGUUGAAGUUGUUUGCCUUGCGCACAAUAGGGGACUGGAAAGAGGGAACUUUGUAUCCCUUCAUGUUCUGAGUUGCUUGGUCUAUCUGAGACCUAAGCAACUGCGACCGAGUUUUGAUAGGGUCCGGGUGCUCGACAGACCAUCGAAGCACGUCCUCGUACAACGGCGGGUGCUUUCUAUAGCUCCAGAUACUGGGUACUCCAUCUCCAGCUAUAGAGACCGAAUUGGAGUUGGCAUUUGUAGCAACUGCGUACGGCUUGAGACCCUGGAGAUCAAGACACUUGACCUGGAACUUGCGACCAGCAAAGU